AUGGCGGUUAAAUUACUGCUAAUAGGUCUCUGUAUUUUACCAAUAGUUGUUGAUGCUAAGCGCGAUUACGUUAUUGACAUUGAGCAUAUAACACCGGUUGUCAAUGAUGUACCAUUUGUAAAAUCCCUAAACUUCUCAUUGACCAAUAAAAAGGCGGCCAAUAUGGAUUUGAUUUUUAAUCGAAAUAUUACCAAAUGGGGAUUUAGAGCAUCGGUGCAUAUGUUAACCAAGGGUAAACGUCGUAUUAAUCUAUUCCAGGUGGAUUUUGAGGGUUGUGAUGCUCUGAAAGAUUCGGCACCAAAUAAAUUUUUGGCCGUGUUUAAAAAGGAAUUACUUCGUUCCUCCAAUAUUCCAAAGAAAUGCCCAUUCAUAGAGAAUGUCCUGUAUGUAGCUCGAAACUAUACUGUGGAUGAGGAUGCCUUCCCCGCCAUGUUACCCGAUACAGCUUGGCAAUUUCAAUUAAACAUAAAUAUGAAUAAUUUAAAUACGGGUAUUAUUAUAAUUUCCGGUCGUGUUCAUAGAUAG